AGCUGAUAAUAGUAAUAAAUAUAAAAGAAAUGGAAAAAGUUGAAUACCCUCAGCUCCAAGAUCCACAGACUUUGCCUAAAAUGUCUGAGAGAAUGAUCCAUCAGCAGGUUCACUAUAAUGUUAUCCCUCAGCAAGAGAGUAAUCUCCAGUUCAAGAUCCACUGGGCAUUUGUUUUUAACAUCAUAAUGCUCAUUGUUGAUACAUGGUAUUUUUCUCAAGAGAGCCCUUAUCUAUGGAAGCAUAUGGGUGAUUUAUUUAAAGUAUUUGUCAUUGUGCACCACUCUCUGAUUCUUCUUAACAUUAUAUGGUAUUUCAAGAAAGAUUUGGACUGGCUUAACAAUGCUAUCCUAAUCCUUUCUUAUACAACCUUCGUUUUCCUUGCCUUCAGUGUAUUGUAUACAGUUGCCGCUAUUAAUUUGGAACAGGAUGUCCUCUUUGAUGCUAUUAUUUCUCUUGUAUUUGUAAACCUCCCAGGAGCUCUUUUGGGAUGGUCAGCUUGGCUACUUGUAAAAGAUCACAUCAGCACUAGCGGAUCCCAGCCAAUAACUUGCUCAACCCAAGAGUACCAAAUGCAACAAGAAGCUCCUAAGAAGGCCGCCCCACAAUUUAAGGUUCCAGCCGGAUAUGUUCCAGUGAUUAUCAACGAAAAUGGGGUAGCUCAGAUCGUUGAGAAUCUUGCUUAAUACUCAUCUUUUAAAAAGAUUACUGGGUAAAAUCAUAGUUUUAUUCAAU